AUGUAUUGUCCAGGAAGGAAGCGACUUCGUUUGAGGCGAGUCUUAUUCCUCCUGGCCGGGGUCUUCAUCUGCAUCGUGUACCAGCUGACCAUCAGCGCCGAACACGAUGAAGUGCCGCCUUUGCCUCAGAUCGGAGACACUUUCACUGAGGGCUCGGCUGGAUGGGUCGAGGAUGUCACGACCGAGGGUUGGGAAAAGCCAAGAAACCAAACGACACAGGCGACCCCUUCCAACUCGACUGCCUCGAGAACUCCACCGCCAGCAACCACCAACCGGACUAUUGUGCAUUGCAUCUAUGUACCGCCUGAUCCCAAGGAGGAGGCCCCCACUCCAUCUUCUCCUGAUGAAGCUCCUCACAUGAAGGGAGAGUACCCCGAAGAUAUUUUCUCAGUGGAGGAGCGCAGACGAGGCUGGGUGGUCUUGCAUAUUUCCGGCAUGAUGUACAUGUUUGUGUCACUUGCUAUUGUGUGUGACGAAUUCUUCGUACCCGCACUCGGGGUCAUCAUAGACAAAUUAGAGAUAUCCGAUGACGUGGCGGGGGCUACUUUCAUGGCGGCCGGAGGAUCUGCCCCUGAACUUUUCACCUCCUUGAUCGGGGUCUUCAUAGCUCAUAGUAACGUUGGCAUCGGGACGAUCGUCGGUUCCGCAGUUUUCAACAUCCUCUUUGUGAUCGGGAUGUGCGCUUUGUUUUCCCGGGAGGUUCUUCGUCUCACCUGGUGGCCUCUUUUCCGAGAUAUUUCCUUCUACAUUGUGGACCUCAUCUUGCUCAUCAUCUUCUUCCUGGACAAUGUCAUCAUGUGGUGGGAGAGUAUGAUGCUGGUGGCCAGCUACACACUCUAUGUCAUCUUCAUGAAGUUUAACGCCCAAAUAGAAUACAUGUUCAAAACGCAGCUUUACAAACACAAGAGCAUUGUCCGAAUCAUCACUGAUGAGGAGCCAGAAGUGACCAAAGCCAAUGGGGGUAGUCAAGAUAACGGUCCUCCUCCACCAGACGACAGGAAUCGGUUAAAGUUGAAGCCAUCCCUUCAACGCGGUGGAAGUUCAGCGUCUUUGCACAACAGCACCAUGAGGAACACCAUUUUCCAACUCAUGAUACACACAUUAGACCCCCUGGGAGAAGGCAAAUUCAAGGACAAGGCUGAGAAUCUGAAUAAUGUGGUGAGACGGAAGGCUGAAGGUGACGUUGCAGCAAAGAGUGAAGAUGGAGACAGUGGGAAGGAGCAGGCCGAAGAGGACCAAGCCGCUACGACAGGCGAAACUGAGAAGAAGGAGCCACCUGACGAUGACAAGGUGAACAUGCAGGAAGACCAGCCCUCAGGGGGAGACGGGUCAGACGAGUCAAGCAGCGGCGAGGAGGACAGUGAUGAAGAUGACAGUGAUGAAGAUGACAGCGACAAUGACUCCGGCGAAGAUGAGGAGAACGAGGAGGAGCCUCUGUCUUUAGAAUGGCCCGACACGCGGCGGAAACAAGUCACUUACCUCUUCUUGCUGCCCAUCGUCUUUCCUUUGUGGCUCACCAUCCCUGAUGUCCGCAAACAGAAUUCCAGGAAAUUUUUUGUGCUCACCUUCCUGGGCUCCAUUUUGUGGAUCGCCAUCUUCUCUUAUCUUAUGGUGUGGUGGGCUCAUCAGGUGGGGGAGACAAUCGGAAUCUCUGAGGAGAUAAUGGGCCUGACUAUCCUGGCCGCUGGCACGUCCAUCCCUGACCUCAUCACCAGCGUGAUUGUGGCCCGGAAAGGACUUGGAGACAUGGCCGUGUCCAGCUCGGUGGGCAGCAAUAUCUUUGAUAUCACUGUGGGUCUGCCACUGCCGUGGCUGAUCUACUCGUUCAUCCACGGUUUGGUCCCCGUGGCCGUCAGCAGCAACGGGCUCUUUUGCGCCAUUGUCUUGCUCUUCCUCAUGCUGCUCUUUGUCAUCAUCUCCAUCGCGUCGUGCAAGUGGAAGAUGAACAAGACUCUGGGCUUCACCAUGUUCCUGCUCUACUUUAUCUUCCUGGUGCUCAGCGUCAUGUUGGAAGAUCGCAUCAUCGUCUGUCCCGUCUCCGUCUGAAGCUUACACAACACCAUGCGGUCUCUCAGCGUCCUCAGUAUGUUGCAAGUAUUGCAGAACAUUGAGAAUUCAUGCAGGAUUCACUCUCAGUUGAGUAUAUUAUUUGAAAGCAUUUCAGUGAUAUGCGUGAGAGGAUUUCAGUUCUAACCUCAAGCUUUUCAGUAAAACUGAAAAGACUUGUUUUCAACUACCGGUAAAUGUAAUCUCAUUACAAGGCGCCAUCAGGAACAUAAUUAGUUAAUUAAAAAUACUACCUAUCACGCUGACUACUAAAAUGCUCUCACACACACCACUGACAUGAAUCCAGGAAGAUGACUCUCUCCCAGACACCCCCCCCCCCACACACACACUCUACUUCGACACUUAUUUUACUAUUUUACAUGAUGGCAUUUCCACAUGUGAGAGGAUUUGAGUAUGAGUGCUUCAGCUGUUUGUGUGCAAGAUUUUGUUAUGAUGCGUGAUAGUAUUUCAGUUGGGUGUGAGAGUAUUUGCGUAUUUGAGCAUAUUUUAUGAGCGUUGGAAUAUAAUGUGAGAGUAUUUCAGAAUGUAUUUGAGAAUAUUUCAGAACUGUUUUAAUAUAAUGUGUGAGAGUGGUUGAGACAUUUGAGUGCCUGUUAGUUUAAAGCGUGAGCAUUUAUAUAUGAUGCAUGUUAUUGACGUGAGCGUUUAGCGUGACCUGUGAGAGCAUUUCAGAUGUGUGAUUUAGAGUGUGAGCGUUUUUAUGUGUGAGAGCAUUUCUGUUGCGUGUGAAGAUUUUUUUGUAUGAACAUUUUACGAUGAUGUGCGAUAAUUAUAAUGAAUUGAGAAGGCCUCAGUGAUGUCUGUAUGCAAGAAUCUAAAUGGUUCAGUAGUGUCAGUUAAUUUCAAUAGUGUGAGAUCAUUUCCGUAGUGUGUCUGAGUGAAUAAUUUUUAAGUAGCAUGGGUGUGACCUAGUUUCCCAUUAAUACAAUACAAUACAUGCUGAUUUAUAUAGCGCUUUCACAACAGCAGCAGCUGUAACAAAACAGUUAACAUAAACUAAAAUAGGUGUGAGAGCGUUCCAGUUGUGAGAGAAUAAUGUUUCAGUUGUUUCAGAUGGCCCCUUAUACAAGUAUGACCGUUUUUGUUUACAUUUCAUUGUAGACCAUUUUGCUUCAUCACAGUUUAAAUCACUUUACGCCCAUCAGCAAUUUAAAGAAUCACAUAUUCAAUAAUGUUGGUGCGCUUUUAUUACGAAAUAAACGCAAAUAACAGAUUCACUUCUUUUGAACGCAGUUUCAUAUAAAUUAGUUGUCCACCUUACAAAUGGUGAAUAACAAACAUACAGUAGUUAACCGUGACACACGAUAUAGACAUCAAGUGGUGAGUUUUCUGUUUGGAUAAGGCUAAUGCACACACGAUGAAACGGGUCUGAUUCCAAGCAAGGACAUCACAGUACAAAGAGAAGUUGCUUUGUCAGCGUCUUUAGGGGCACAGUGACUCGAAGAAAUGAUGUGAGGUCAUGGCAGGGCACAGCUGUCGUUUCAAACCGUGAACCUGUUUUAACUUCACUACAUCCAAUUCUGUACACGCGUUUCUUCAUUUACUGUGACAAGAUCAACAUAACGUUGUAAUGAAUCCAACUGAAGUAUUCAGUCAUUUUCCCGUUAACCCACUCUUUGAUUGUACUGUACUGAGGGAAUGUAUACUUAGUGGUCCCAUACAACAAACUUACACAACAAA